CUGAUCUCCAUCAUCAUCUGCAGCAGCGACAAGAGGGGAAAGCGGGGAAUGAAGAUGCGAUUUUUCUCUUUGUGAGCUCCAAGCUCCAAGAAAGAACUGAAGCUUUAACGGCAUCACGUCUGGUUCCAGUAGCACCGCUGCUGCAGCUACAACCAUGCAUGCUCUUGUGCACACUUGGACCGGGAAAUUUCAUCCACCGAUUUGAGACAACUUUCUGUCUGUUUUCUCGACAUUCUUGGCACCGCGUUUUGACAUUUUGAAUCGAUUGUGCGCGCUUGUUUUUGAGCAAGAUGUCCGAUCUGGUGGUGUUGGUCGAGGGGCUCUGUGACCUGCACGGAUUUCCAUAACCGGGGCCAAUUAUUAAGAUUUUUUGACACCGAGAAGCCUGCUUGAACACGUCGCACGCGUAGAUGUAGGCUACAGUUUAUUGGACAUUCGACUCCCAUUGCCUGCUUUUAGUUUGUGCAUUUGCCGGACCGAGGGACCAGCUGACUGGUUGGAUUAUAGAUACUAGAAAUAAGGAUUUGUGGAGAUGUUGGGUCGUCAAGAAGAUCAAUUAUGUGGAAUGUUCUCUGCUCUGGCGGCUUUGUCCUUCGCAUGCUUUAUUCAAAGCUCCACUGGAAGCACGGGAAUGUCUGUGGCCAAGACUACCGUGGACAAGUUGCUGAAGGGAUAUGACAUCCGUUUGAGGCCUGAUUUUGGAGGUGCUCCAGUCAUUGUCGGGAUGAGCAUCAACAUAGCAAGCAUCGAUUCCAUCUCCGAAGUAAACAUGGACUAUACCAUCACAAUGUAUUUCCAGCAGAGUUGGCGAGAUAAGCGUUUGGCCUAUGGUGAACUGAACCUCAACUUGACUCUGGAUAACCGUGUCGCAGAUCAGCUUUGGCUCCCAGACACCUACUUCCUUAAUGACAAGAAGUCCUUUCUUCAUGGAGUGACGGUUAAAAACCGUAUGAUCCGACUGCACCCCGACGGCACCGUCUUAUAUGGGCUGAGAAUAACGACCACGGCCGCUUGUAUGAUGGACCUGAGGAGGUAUCCUCUUGAUGAACAGAACUGUACCUUGGAAAUUGAAAGCUAUGGAUACACCACAGAUGACAUCGUGUUCUUCUGGCAAGGAGGCGACAGCGCUGUGACGGGUGUGGACAAGUUAGAGUUACCUCAGUUCUCCAUUGUGGACAUCGAGUUGGUCUCCAAGGAAGUAAGGUUUACUACAGGUUCUUAUCCAAGGCUUUCGCUGAGUUUCAGGAUUAAGAGGAACAUUGGAUAUUUCAUCUUGCAGACAUAUAUGCCCUCCAUCUUGAUCACCAUUCUGUCCUGGGUCUCCUUCUGGAUCAAUUAUGAUGCCUCUGCAGCUCGUGUUGCCCUGGGUGUGACAACGGUGCUCACCAUGACGACAAUUAACACCCACCUUAGGGAGACUCUCCCAAAGAUCCCCUACGUGAAAGCCAUCGACGUCUACCUCAUGGGCUGUUUUGUGUUUGUGUUCCUGGCCCUGCUGGAAUAUGCCUUUGUAAAUUAUGUAUUCUUUGGCCGGGGCCCGGCACAACAGAAGAAAAUCAAUGAAAGGCUGAAUAAAGUCAACAAUGAGCGCACACGAUACGAAGAGAAGCGCCUAAGGGAACAGGACUCCAUUUCUGUGCCGUUUCAAACCAACACCUUCAGGUCAUUUACACAGCGAAGAAAUCUGUAUCUCGAGGAACAAAGAAAAGUUGGGGUGGACGCGUACGGCAACAUUCUCCUCACCACUCUGGAGAUGAACAACGAGGUGAUGCCGUCCGACGUGGGUAGCAGUGUCAGUGACUCUCGGAAUUCAGUCAUGUCCUUUGACAGCUCUGGGGUCCAAUUCAGGAAGCCCAUGGCGCCCCGAGAUGGCUUCAGCCACCACUCGCUGGAUCGCAGCGCCAUGCGGAGCCGGGCCAACUGCCGACUACGGCGGCGCUCGUCCAAGCUCAAGUUGAAAAUCCCAAACCUGUCAGACGUGAGCACCAUUGACAAGUGGUCCCGGGUCAUAUUCCCAAUCACUUUUGGAUUUUUCAACCUAAUCUACUGGUUGUACUAUGUGAAUUGAUGCGCAUCCCACUAGGAAUCAUGGGCCAUAUUUUGAGAGCACAUUGAAUUGGCUUUGAUACAGUUCCAAAAUAUGUAUACACAUACAGGUUGAACAUAUGUAUAUGCAUAUUUCUAUACAGUAUAUUAUAUUUAUAUAUACACACACACAGGAAACCUGAAAGACUUUUCUGCUGUACAAAGUAUUCAUAGGAUGACUUGAAUGUUUAAAAAAUAAUAAUAAUAAUGUGAGAAGAAUUUCAAGGCUUUGAGUUCCUUUUUCCUCCGAAAACAAACAAACUAACAAAGACAAGAUCCCCGCAGGGAUUUUUGGAACUACAAGACCGCAUGAUAUUUUUGCUACAAAAAAGAAAAAAGAAAAAAAAGAGAAGCAAAAGCUCUUGAGGGAGAGAAGAUGCCCACUUUGACUUUUUCUUGAUUCUAGUGGUAAUCAGAAAUCCUCUCCUGCAGCUCAUGAAAUCAGCGGUGGCUUGUCUGGUCGGGCAUCAGCCGAGUGAGGUCCUUGAACACCUCCCCCGUCCCCUCACCUUCUCCCCCAUGUAGCCCGUGGAUACAAAGUGCACGAAGAUCUCCCGGUUCCACCAUGUACAGCAACCUUGUUUGGAAUAUGUGUUGUUCCUUCUCGAUUUUGUUUUUCGAUUUUAUAUUUUAUUUCAGGUGGUAGCGGUCUCUCGAUCAGACAUCGAUCAAGCGAUGUUUGACGGCCACAUUUGUGCACCGGUCAACGUAAACGUCAAAUUAACUUUUCGGGUGAUGCCAGGGCGGCGGGGUGCACUUUUCGUUAUGGUUUAAAACAAGUGCUGAUUAUUGUAGAUAUGAUUUUGUCUUGAAAAAUACUGUGAUUUCAGAGUGUGGGAAAAUGUUCUAAAAGCUAGGGCAUUACAAGAUCAAAGUUUCGCAUUCCUCAUUUUGAUGGUUUGAAAGAAGAACAUUGUGUACAUUUUAUCAUGAAGUAUUCUCAUGAAAGUAUAUUUCUAAUGUUUAUUUCCUCUUGUUGAUUGCGUUACACGCUCUUUAGAUGCCGGUUUCAUGGACGUCAUAUCCUGCUUUGUGUUUGCGAAAAAGGAAACGGGGCGGGGCGAUGUGUCGCUUUUGUGAUUCGUUGGAACCAAUCCGCAGUAUAAGUGUUACAACGGUGUCUGUUGAACAGAGUCGACCUAUCGGGCCGCAGUUUUGUUACGUCGUGUUCAUGGUUUGUUUGUCUGUUGAGCAUCUCUUCAGUAUUGGACUUGUUGUUGAUAAGCACAAGUGGAAUACAGUCGUUAAAGGGACACAGACCGGAGGUAUGGAUUCAACAUUUUGAAGCCAAACAUGCAACCCCUCAAGUCUAAAGCUCACUUGGAGCUAAACAAUAUGGUUAAUUGCAUCAAAUCGAAAUGACAGCCCAAAGUAGCCCUGUAUUGUGUUGUUCUACUCUGUCAUGCAAAUUGUAGCCUCUGAGUUGGUUUCAGACUGGAAAAUCAAAACUUUCAAUUUUGCCUGCUGAGAGUGUCGGCUCAGAGUGGGCGUGCCCUUGGAGAGGCGCGUGGCGGGGUGAGAAUCUGAUGUUAGAAAGUCCGUUUAAACGUAUGCCCACCGGGACCAACGGUGGCUAAUGUGAAGAUGUACCACCCGUUGUUUUUGGACCGGUUUAGAAUUAGAUCGGUGGAAUAUUUUUGGUCAGCACCGAGACGUCGCGCCGCAUUUAAGGGGAAUGAAAAGAGGCGCUUCGAUUGGACAGGGUGAAAGUCAACUGAACACGGCCACACCGGCGCAGAUGUCCCGCUUUUAAAUGCGCUGGGGGUACGCGAACUUACCAAAACUGGGUCUAGCCUGCCUGCUCGCAGAGUUAUGCCAAGCACAGCGCUGGAUUUAAGCAGCCACGAAAAUAGAGCCCAAAGUCUCCCAUAAGAAACUCAACACGAGUCGAUUUUGCAUAUUGAAAAUUGUUAUCGGAAUAUAUGAAUUGCAGCCCCACACGAUGUGUUUAUCCAUAAUUGGUCAAGUAGAAGAUUCAGGUGGUCAGCUUUUGUUUUUUUCAGGCAUAUUUCAGAUGUAAGGUAGUGAUUACAGAUGCUUAUGCUUUGCAGUGUCCGUGUUGCUAGAUUGUCAUUGAUCGAUGUAGAAAAAGGUGGUAUGGGUUGUGAAGGAAGGGUUCACAUCAUAGUACAGUUUUCAUUUUGGUCAUUUCUCAACAAAGGCAAUGUGAUGGAUGUUUGCUAAAAGUGGAUAGUUGCAAGAAAAGUAUUUGUGUUUGUUUGUAUUUGAAAACCAACUCAAGUAUCAACUGUUCCACUCUUUUUCACGUGAACAAAAAAGCAGCCCUCGCAUGCGUCACAUUAUGUUCACCUGUCACGGCUUUCUGGUUGUGGAAUGAGCACAUUCAUCCCAAAAGCUGUGAGGAGUUUAUGUUUGAUGAUGUACUAUGAGUACAUGUGUUUCUACAAGAGAGAGCUUACGUUCAUUUAACAUGUUCAAGGUGUGGAGAAGGGGGGUGUUGAUCUGAGUUCAAUGUGACUUUUUCUUGCCUCUAGUGUAUAUGUGUAAUUACAUGUGAAUUGUACUGUAAAUAUGAUAUCUUUCACUUAAUAGUUCUUAAUGCAUGAACAAAAACACGGCAGUUCAGUAAAUACCAACUAGCCUCACUGCUAAUGGCAUGGGCAGCUUCUCUAGCAUUGGCAUACUUCUGCAAACAAAACCAAGAAUCAAAAAACAAAACAAAACAAAAGGACGCGUGUUGACAAAAUAAUGGAGAAUUCAACAAGUCCUCUCACAGUGAUGGAGUUUGUGGAGACUGUUGAGGUUCGCCUGCCCCCCAAGGGCAAAGCUAAUGUUGACUUAAGCUUUGGCUCACUGUCAGCAAAUGGGAUGGAGUCGCCUUGAAUGAAAUUUUCUAGUUGUGCUUUGCCCUCGUCACCACAUCAGAACCAACGGGAAAUUUCAGCGUAGUGUACUUGCGGCGUUUACCUCAACCAUUAACCAAUCGCUAAUUCACCUCUCUUUAUUUAUACAUACAUAUGUGUAUAUACGGUAUAUAUUUAACAAAAGGGCAUUAUGGCCAAGCUGGCUUACAGAGGCUCGAGGAGCAGGAUAUGCCUUAAGAAGGCGAGUGGGAUGUUCUUUCCUGUUCCUCGAAAAUACGAAACUGUCGUGUGCCCUUGAGCAAGGUACGUAGCCGAGUCCGAGUGCAGCUGCUCCCUUACCGACAAUAGACCUUAACGUGUGCAGAAGAAAAUAUGUUCAGCUACAGCGAUGUCCAGGGUAGUCAUGCUUAAUUGAGUCCCGUAAAGACGGAUUUUCCAAACACUGACCCAAUAGACAAAGAGGCCAAAAGAAAAGGACCAGAAUAAAGUCACAAUGUCAAAUGUUGCUAUUUUAAUCAGGUUACCGUGAAGCGCAGGUACUGUACAUGACAACAAAAGAGGCGGUUUGUGUAGUGCUUUCUCAGGAACGCACAUUAGACUGUUCAUAUUAAGGAUGAUAUUCAUAAAACCUCGAAGAAGGUUGAACUUGACAAGAUCCUGGACAGUCCUCAUCCUAACGCAGGCAAAUAUGUCUUCCUUGUAAUAUUCCGACAUUAUUCUCGUAAAAUGAGGACUUUCGUCACGUAAGAGUCAAACAUUUUCUCCAAAACAUGCAGUUAUUCACCAAACAUUACGACUUUAUUCUCAUAGCAUUUGGCCCUAGCAAUUUCUUUUUAUGACGUGAACCAAAAUAGUAAAAAGUACAAGUACAUUCCAAAACCGUUGUCUUUAUGACUUGCAGUCAUAAACUCAUCAUAGGGUCAAUAAGUAUUUCCUAUUUGAGACCGGCCUUUAAAAUGAGCAUGAAUCAAAAUUAAGCAGGAAAAUUUCAUCCACCAAAGCCCAGACCAAGGCUGACAUGCAGACUUCUCACUGUUGGAAGAACUUUAGUUGCUGCAUUCAUUAUUUUGUGUACACCAAGGUUUAGUUUUGCAUGACCUGACCUCUGGAAGGUUUAUUUCCUUAACCGAGUCCUCUUUUUUACUCGGCAUCAUAUGAUUCAUCACCACAGCCAGGACAAGAAUGAUCCAGUGUUUACAUGCUCAAAUUGCACUUGUUUUACAGCCAGCUCUAUUCAAUCUUGUUCAACAAACCUUUCGUAAUUAAAAAAAAAAAACCCAUACAAAUAAGACCAAGUGUAAACACGGAACGUACAUGUUGGGAUUCAUGUGAAUCGCAAAGCGAAUGUACUCCGGCUCGUUGUCAACCGCACAAUUUGGAAUCGUGGUUUGAUCAGGUUCGGCACGCUCAUCCGCUUCAAACACCCUUCAGCUACAAAGGAUGUAAAGGAUGCGCCACCAGUCGCGUCCGAUAUAAGCCAUGUGAUUGCACAGUGAGUGGGUGUUCCCCAUAUUUACCCUGUGAGGAGCUCCCUUUGGUUAUUAUGGGCUGUUGUUGAUUGCGAUUUGGCGAUACUUGCCAGAAGCUUCCCACUUAACACAUCAUUGUGCCUCCCUCUGUUCUGUUGCACUUGCCGAGCAGGAAGACCAGCUCACCAUUAACCAGUUGAACACUGUUGGUAGAAAUUGGCAAAACGCACACACACACACACACACACACACACACACACACACGCGCGCGCGCACGCACGCACACGAAACAAUCCACAAAACCAGCCCCUUAAUUUUUUGGGACUAUACAUUUAUAACAUGUUUUGCCUCAUUGCUGUGUUCAUUUAUUAUUUGUUGUAUUUGUUGCAUUUGUUAUGGAUUGUUAUUCCUGUUGUUGUUUAAUCACGAGAAAGCAAAAUGUGAUUCAUCGGCUAUAACUGGCACUGGAAGAAAAACAAUGCAUUUUUUGUGUUUUCCUUCCCAUUGGAGCGCUUUUUUCAGUUGUUUAAUGAGGUGUUUGAUUUCAUUUGGAGUAUCGUACCCAUGGAAAUCAACAUUUGUGUGGUAUGAUAUUGUAUUAUUUAUUUAUUUUGUCAGUGCAAAUUAAUGUUAUGGUGUCAAUCAGCUUUUGUAGGUGUUUGAACAAAAUGUGUUUUUUUUACAAAUACAAGGUGUUCAAGUAUGUGGUAUAAAAAAAAAAAGGGUUAUCAUUCAAACAACUGACUUUUUACA